AUGUCUUCCAACCGCAAGCGCAAGGCCGACGAUGAUGUCGAUAUGUCUAGUUCACCUUCCUCAUCUCCAGCCGCUCAGAACCGCCAACUGGCUCGACCCAUGAAGAGAUACCGUGCCAACGACAUUACUGGACGCCCCCUGACGCUUCCCAGACUUCUUGAGACUCUCGAUGCAGCAUCGCUACGAAGCGUCCUCCAACAAAUUUGCGAGAGGCAGCCAGAGAUUGGCGCAGAGGUUGUGAGAAGCGCACCCAGACCCUCUGUCACAUCGGCUUUCCAAGUCCUGCAGGAGUACCAGGACAAACUUCAGGCCGCAUUCCCUUACGGAGAGACGAGCUCCGAUUAUGCGUACUACAGAGUCAAGACACCUCUGGUCAAUCUUCUCGAUGCCCUUGCCGAUUUCACGCCCCAGUACUUGCCGCCGAAUGAGCAGCAAGCCACCAUCUCACUUCAGUAUCUUGACGGCGCUACCAAGCUCAUUCACGCCCUGCCCGACUGGGAAAGCCAGACAUAUCGCCACCACAAGGAAAACGCCUAUGACGAGAUUUCAAGAGCUUGGGCAUUGGUCAUCAAUGAAGCAGCCAAGAAGGGCGCUGGAUUUGUUUUGCACAGCGGCAAUUGGGAUCAGAUCUUGGCCAAGCACAACCAACAAUCUGGAGGACGUCUGGGAAGUGCCAUUAGCGCCAUGGCAGCCAAUGUUGGCUGGGUCGGUGGUGGUCCUAGCGGAACCAGCUCGCCCUCUCAUCAGCAGCAACAGCAACAACCUUCAGUCCUAGACGACAUCUUGUCGGGCAACUACGGAGCACCUGUUCGCGUGGGUCCGUGGUAG